AUGUCCGGGCUCAACAAGCACCUGCCGGGUGUGGUGACACUGCAGAAGCAGCAGUCGGAGGUGAGCGUGAGCUCGCUCUCCGGAAAGACUGUGUUCUUCUACUUCUCGGCGAGCUGGUGCCCACCGUGCCGCGGCUUCACGCCACUGCUGAUUGAAUUUUACGAGAAGUACCAUGAUUCGAAGAACUUAGAGGUCAUACUUGUGACCUGGGACGAGGAGGAGGAGGGCUUCAACGGGUACUACGCGAAGAUGCCGUGGCUUGCGAUUCCAUUCUCGCAACGUCACCUUGUGGAGGGGCUGACAAAGGCGUUUAAGGUGGAGUCGAUCCCGACGGUGAUCGGCGUGUGCGCAGACACUGGUGAUGUCGUGACGACGCGCGCGCGCCACGCGCUGACGCAGGACCCCGAGGGCGAGCAGUUCCCGUGGAGGGACUAA